AUAUUAGAAGAGUUGCAAACAUGACCAGACGGGCUAUUUUGUUAUUUGUGUUAAUUUGUUUCGCCGAUUCUGAACCGGAUAAGAAAUGGUGGAACUCAGCAAGUUUCUAUCAGGUAUCACCGGUCUCGUUCAAAGAUUCCAAUAAUGAUGGAUACGGAGACAUUCAAGGAUUAAUUGGUAACUUGAAUUACAUUGUCGAUUCGGGCUUUGACUCAUUAUUCCUGAGUCCAUUUUAUGAGACCCCAUUCAAGGAUUACGGUUACGACAUUUCGAAUUACACGGCAAUCGACCCAAAGUUUGGUAACGAGGCUGAUGUUGAUCAACUUUUGCUUGAAGCUAGAAGACAUGGUUUGAAAGUGGUAGUUGAUUUUGUUCCGAAUCAUUCGAGUAACGAGCACGAAUGGUUUAUUAAUUCAGAAAAUGGUAUCGUCGGAUUUGAGAACUUUUACAUUUGGCAUUCUGGAAUUCCGACCGAUACUAGCGAUCGACCGCUACCACCCAAUGGUUGGGAGUCGUUUUACGGUGGUUCCAGUUGGCAGUGGAGUGAAAAGCGUCAAGCAUAUUACUAUCAUGCAUUUGGUGUGAUGCAACCAGAUUUGAAUUUACGUGAACCAUCCGUACUUGACGAGUUGCAGAAGAUUUUACUGUAUUGGUUGCAGAAGGGAGUUGACGGCUUCAGGAUAGACGCUGUUAGUCAGCUGUUUGAGGAUCCAAAUUUGGUGGAGGACCCGCUCAUCCACAACAACUUAAAUGAAACUUAUGAGCUGGUAGAUCAAUGGCGUCGCUUAUUUGACAAUUAUACAAUUACAAAUGGAGGUGAAGAAAAAGUGUUGGUUCCUCAGGUCUGGGAAUCGCAACUGGAUGCGUUGGUGAACUAUUUCCGCAAUGGAAAUGGGGAUGAUCUAACACAGCUACCAACGAAUUUCAUAAUUAUAAACGAAUUGCAUAGAAACUCGCGAGCAGCAGACUAUAAACGGACAAUCGACAACUACUUAACUGUAUUGCCCGAAGGGGCAAUUGCUAACUGGUUUCUUGGUACUCAUGAUCAUUCACGUGUCGCUUCCCGCAUGGGACCAGAUCGAAUUAGUGGCCUAACAAUGCUGUUGUUGACGCUACCAGGUGUUGCCUUUACUUAUAGUGGAGACGAGCUGUUGAUGUUAGAUUACAGAGAUAUUUCUUGGAAGGACACAACUGACAUGUGGGCCUGCAAUUCAAACCCUAUCGAUUACAAAAUGUUGUCACGAGACCCGAACAGAACGCCUUUUCAAUGGAAUGGGUCGAUUAACGGUGGAUUUAAUUCGGGAACGCCGACAUGGAUACCAUCCCAUCCCAAUUACGUGGAAAAUAAUUUGGAAUUGCAACGAAAUUCACCCAUGAGCCACUAUAAAUAUUACAAACGUUUGCUGCAGCUGCGGAAACAUAGUGCAUUCGUUGAGGGUGAUUUUUCAUCGAAAAUUUUGUCGGAAAAUGUUUUUGCUUAUUCACGUUCGAUUGACAACGCAACAUUUCUAAUUCUCAUCAAUGUGGGAAAUCGCAGUGAAAUUAUAGACACGGAGGUCUUGAAUGCAUUGAAUGCAGGUGUAAAACAUGAUUUGAAAAUGGUUCUCGUUUCGCCGUCCUCAGCGUUUAGUGAAGGUGAUGUUGCCGCAUCUGAUAACGUACCGAUGGAACCAUUCGAUGCUCUUAUUGCAGAAAUACGUAUGACGAAUUCGUAAUGAAUUCAUGCAUUGCAAACGACGAAAUAACAAUGAUCGUUUAACCCGACAUUCCAUUUGGUGUGGCACUUUCCAUUGGGAAUUUUAAGAUAAAAUAUAUCUGCAAGUGUAGCCAAGCAUUACACAAAGUCUUUUCAAAUCCAGACACUCUGCGUUCGAAUUAGAAAGAAAAACUAUAUUUUGAACAGGUAAAAUCCCCCCUCGUAUGUACACGAA